AUGGAUAUCUUUGGUGGUCCUGAUUUCGAACCCAUUACUCCACAAACAAUGCAUAUGAGUGCAAUGCAUGACGAUUCGCAUGUGCCUAUGCAGAAACCUGUUCUUGUCGCUAAUCGGGGUGAGAUUGCUAUUCGCUUGAUUCGCUCUGUCCAUGAGCUUGGACUCAAGGCUGUUGCCAUCUAUUCCCAUGAAGACCGCUUGUCCAUGCAUCGAUACAAGGCUGACGAGUCGUUUCAGAUUGGUGAACAAGGCACUUACAGUCCCGUCGGAGCCUAUCUCGCCAGUGAGCGUAUCGUUGAAAUAGCAAAAGAAUGUGGCGUUGCUGCUAUCCAUCCAGGUUACGGAUUUCUUGCAGAAAAUGCUCAGUUUGCAGAAAUGGUUGAAGAUGCUGGUAUUGCCUUUGUUGGCCCUCCACCAAAAGUAAUUGAUGCGUGCGGCAACAAGACCAAGGCUCGAGAUCUAGCCAUCAAGGCUGGUGUUCCGGUUGUUCCUGGAUCAGACGGUCCGGUUGAGACUGUUGAGCAGGCACAGGCGUUUAUUAAAAAAUACGGUCUUCCUGUUAUUAUCAAGGCUGUCAUGGGUGGUGGUGGUCGUGGAAUGCGUGUUGUCCGUGAUAUCGAAUCCGUUCCUAAUCUCUUUGAAAGAGCUAGAUCAGAAGCACUUGCCGCUUUUGGUGAUGGUACAUGCUUUUUGGAGCGAUUCAUUGAGCGUCCUCGUCACAUUGAAGUUCAACUGUUGGCCGAUACCUAUGGUAAUGUAGUUCAUCUUUUUGAGCGCGACUGCUCUGUUCAACGUCGUCAUCAAAAAGUUGUUGAAAUGGGUCCAGCUUCUGAUAUUCCUGAAUCUUUGCGUCAAACUAUUUUGAAUGAUGCUGUGAAGCUUGCCAAAAGUGUUGGAUACCGAAACGCAGGCACUGCUGAAUUCCUUGUCGAUGCUCAAAACAACCAUUAUUUUAUUGAAAUCAACCCGCGUAUCCAAGUUGAGCAUACCGUUACGGAGGAAAUCACUGGAAUCGAUAUUGUUUCAUCACAGAUUCUCAUUGCUCUUGGUGCAUCGCUCAAGGACCUUGGUCUUCUCCAAGAAGAUAUCAAACAGCGUGGUGUUUCAAUUCAAUGCCGUGUAACUACAGAAGAUCCUUCGCGUGGAUUCCAGCCAGACACUGGUCGCAUUGAAGUUUAUCGAUCCCCAGGUGGUCCUGGUGUCCGAAUUGAUGGUGGUCCUGGCUUUUCUGGUGCAAUCAUCACACCACACUACGACUCUUUGCUGGCAAAGUGUACUUGCUCUGGUCGUACAUUUGAGGCUGCUCGUCGAAAAAUGCUGCGUGCUCUUACCGAGUUUCGUGUCCGUGGUUUAAAAACCAACGUUCCUUUUUUGAUUCGAUUGCUGAUGCAUCCUCAAUUUGUUCAAAAUAAUGGCAAAGUGUGGACCACAUUUAUUGAUGAUACCCCCGAGCUAUUUGAAAGCUCAUCCAAGCGUAGUCGUGGCCAAAAGCUUCUUCACUAUCUUGGCGAUAUGGCGGUCAAUGGUAGUCGGAUCAAAGGACAAGCCGGCGUGCCUCAACUUCAGGCUACUCCCAUCUGUCCUUCAUUACCAAAUUUGUCCAAGGAAAACGCAAAAACUUUUUGUACCGAGGGCUGGCGAAAUAUCCUUUUGGCUGAUGGCCCACAGGCAUUUGCCGAUGCAAUCCGUGCUCAUCCAGGUACUCUGAUUAUGGAUACCACCUGGCGUGAUGCCCACCAAAGUUUGCUUGCCACUCGUGUACGUACAAUUGACAUGGCUCGUGUUGCCAAAGUGACUUCGCAUGCACUCAAGAAUUGCUUUGCACUUGAAUGCUGGGGUGGUGCUACUUUUGAUGUUGCCAUGCGUUUCUUGUGGGAGUGUCCUUGGGAGCGUCUUAAGACUCUUCGUAAACUUGUACCAAACAUCCCAUUCCAAAUGCUACUUCGCGGUGCCAACGGUGUUGGAUACACUAGCUAUCCCGACAAUGUUAUUUAUGAAUUUUGCAAAAAGGCUCGUGAGUGCGGUGUUGAUAUUUUCCGUGUGUUUGAUUCUCUCAAUUAUAUUGAGAAUCUCGAAUUGGGUAUUGAUGCUGUUGUCAAGGCUGGCGGUGUUGCCGAAGGUGCCAUCAGUUACACUGGCGAUGUUGCCGAUUCAUCUCGUCAAAAGUAUGAUCUAGCGUACUACUUGGAUCUAACUGACAAGCUUGUCAAAGCCGGCAUCCACAUUCUUGCCAUCAAAGACAUGGCAGGUCUUUUAAAGCCCAAAUCUGCCACGUUGCUCAUUAGCUCCAUUCGAAAAAAGUACCCCAAUUUGGUUAUUCAUGUACACACUCAUGACACUGCUGGUACUGGUGUUGCUAGCAUGCUUGCGGCUGCUGAAGCGGGUGCUGAUGUGGUGGAUGCUGCUGUAGAUAGUAUGUCUGGUGUUACUUCCCAGCCAUCUAUGGGUGCCAUCAUUGGCGCUCUGCGUGGUACUGACUUGGAUCCCGGUAUUCCCCUAGAAAAUGUGCAAGCCAUCAACAGUUAUUGGGAACAGAUACGCAUGCUUUAUUCCUGCUUUGAUCCUAAUAUCAAGAGUGGUGAUUCAAGCGUGUAUCUCCAUGAAAUGCCUGGUGGUCAGUAUACUAAUCUGCUUUUCCAAAGCCAUCAACUUGGUUUGGGUGAACAGUGGCAGCAAGUCAAGGAUGCAUACAUUGUUGCCAACCGAUUGUGUGGUGACAUAGUCAAGGUCACUCCCUCUUCAAAAGUUGUUGGCGAUUUUGCUCAGUUUAUUGUGUCUCAAAAAAUAUCAGAAGCCGAGAUAAUCAAACAAGCUGAAACAUUGUCAUUCCCUCAAUCUGUUCUUGAGUACUAUCAGGGUUAUCUUGGCGAGCCACCAUAUGGUUUCCCUGAGCCAUUGCGCACUCGUAUUCUCGAGGCUCGUCGAUUAGUCAAGAUUGUUGGUCGACCUGGUAAAACUCUUCCGAGUUUCGAUUUUGUAUCGCACCGUAGUAACCUUGAGGAGGCUUGGGGUGUCAAACAUGUAUCUGACUUGGAUGUGCUUAGUUCAGCCCUUUACCCCAAAGUAUUCGACGAAUUCAAAUCUACGCUGGAUAAAUUUGGUGAACUGUCUUCACUUCCCACUCAAUUUUUCCUUACUCCACUCAAAGUAGAGCAGGAAUUCACCUUUGAACUGGAAAAGGGCAAAACCCUAAUUGUUAAACUUGUUGCUAUUGGACCCAAACAAGAAGAUACUGGCAUGCGAUAUGUUUAUUUCCUACUCAAUGGUGAAGCACGCAUGGUUCAUGUUCUUGAUACGAAUGUUACUGUUGAUGCCAGUGGAGUGGGUGGAUCCAAAAUGGCAUCCCGUGCUAGAGCAGAUCCAUCGGACAAGUUGCAGAUUGCUGCACCCAUGAGUGGUGUGGUGGUUGAAGUACGCGCCAAAGCCGGUGUUGCUGUCAGAAUAGGCGAUCCCUUGGUUGUUAUGAGCGCCAUGAAAAUGGAAACAAUUGUUACUGCCACCAUGGCAGGAACAAUUGAAGAAGUGCUCGUCAAGCCUGAUGAUUCGCUUAAUGCUGGUGAUUUGGUGGUUAGGAUUGCAAAAGAAUAA